CCACCGCAUUCACCCUUAUUAGUCUCUAGGUGUAUUAAAACUCUGUUGCUAUGUUCCUCGCCAGCCAUCCCCUGGCCGCUGGGGUCGUCGCUCGCGCGAACGAGGCCCGGCAGCUAACGCAUCCGCUAGCAUCUUGCUCUUGCGCUCCUCGUUCGCGCGCCACUCUCUCGCGGAUCGCCAAGCAGCCGGAGUCUCAGCAGCGAGGCAGGGUUGUUCGCGCGGCAAACUAUGACUCAAACUUCCUGGAGCGGGAGCGCAAGACAAAUGCCGACGUCAACGCGGUGCGCGAUGAGGUGCGUGCUACGCUGCAGCGCCUCAUGACCGGGCUCCAGGACCAGGCCACCGGGGCCAAUGGCGGCGCGGGCGGCGCCGGCGGCCGCGACGCGGCGGCGGGCGCUGUGCUGGCGCGCCUCAAGGAGAAGCUGCGCAACGCCAUUGGCGUGAUGCAGGAGGGGCUGGUGGAGAGGGACGCCGAGGUGCGUCUGCUGCUGCUGGCGGCCAUGGCCGGCGAGCACAUCCUGCUGAUCGGCCCGCCCGGCACCGCCAAGUCCGAGGUGGGCCGCCGCCUCAACGCCCUCAUCGACGGCACCUACUUCGAGCGCCUGCUCACCAGGUUCUCCGUGCCCGAGGAGCUGUUUGGUCCGCUGUCCAUGCGCGCCCUGGAGGAGGACCAGUACAUCCGCCAGGUGGACGGCUACCUGCCCACUGCGGAGGUGGCGUUCAUUGAUGAGAUCUUCAAGGCCAACAGCGCCAUCCUGAACACGCUGCUCACGCUCAUCAACGAGCGCCUGUUCGACAACGGCAACAAGCGCGUGCCCGUGCCGCUCAUCAGCAUGGUGGGCGCCUCCAACGAGCUGCCCGAGUCCGAGGAGCUGGACGCGCUGUACGACCGCUUCCUGGUGCGGCGCCAGGUGCGCCAGGUGUCGCCCGCAGGUGUGGCGCAAAUGCUCACCUACUACAGCGGCAGCGAGGGAAGCGCCUCCGCCGCCGCGCAACGUGCCGCCGCCAUCCCACAGUCCAUGCUCCUGACGCGCGGCGACAUCGACAGCUGCAAGGCCGCCGCGCUGAGGUCGGUGCGCGUGCCCGGCUCCGUCAUCCAGAUGGUCACGGACCUGCGCACAUACCUGCAGGAGAAGAUUGAGCCCCCGGUGUACGUGUCGGACCGCCGACUGGUCAAGUCCAUUCAGCUGCUGCAGGUGGCCGCCUACUGCAACGGGCGUGAGUCGGUGACGGAGUACGACUGCCUGCUGCUGGAGCACGUGCUGUGGCAGAGGCCCGAGCAGCUAUGAUAC